CGGUCACUCCAUCACAGGCAUUUCAUAGGCGUCUUGAUAAACGCCGCCCUCUCCGUUCUCAGUUUCCGAUCUUUCCAUCAUCUUCUUCGUUUCAGUCACACCUUCGGCCUCCUAAUCCUCGAAGAUGAGAGAGUGCAUCUCGAUCCACAUCGGUCAGGCCGGUAUCCAGGUCGGAAAUGCGUGCUGGGAGCUGUACUGCCUCGAGCACGGCAUUCAGCCUGAUGGCCAAAUGCCGGGUGACAAGACAGUCGGUGGAGGUGAUGAUGCCUUCAACACCUUCUUCAGUGAGACUGGUGCUGGGAAGCAUGUCCCUCGUGCCGUGUUUUUAGAUCUUGAGCCCACUGUCAUUGAUGAGGUCAGGACUGGCACAUACCGCCAGCUCUUCCACCCGGAGCAACUCAUCAGCGGCAAGGAAGAUGCUGCCAACAACUUUGCCCGUGGCCAUUACACCAUUGGGAAAGAGAUCGUUGACCUCUGCCUGGACAGAAUCCGCAAGCUUGCUGACAACUGCACCGGCCUUCAGGGUUUCCUUGUUUUCAACUCUGUUGGUGGUGGCACUGGCUCCGGCCUCGGGUCGCUUCUUUUGGAGCGUCUCUCGGUCGACUAUGGGAAGAAGUCGAAGCUCAGCUUCACUGUGUACCCUUCUCCUCAGGUCUCCACCUCUGUUGUGGAGCCUUACAAUAGUGUGCUCUCCACCCACUCCCUCCUCGAGCACACUGAUGUGGCUGUGCUUCUUGACAACGAGGCCAUCUAUGACAUUUGCAGGCGCUCACUUGACAUUGAGCGUCCGACCUACACCAACCUGAACCGUCUUGUGUCUCAGGUGAUCUCAUCCCUUACUGCCUCUCUGAGGUUUGAUGGUGCCCUGAACGUGGAUGUGACUGAGUUCCAGACCAACCUGGUCCCUUACCCGAGGAUCCACUUCAUGCUUUCCUCCUAUGCGCCCGUGAUUUCUGCUGAGAAGGCCUACCAUGAGCAGCUCUCUGUGGCCGAGAUCACCAACAGCGCCUUCGAGCCAUCCUCCAUGAUGGCCAAGUGCGACCCCCGCCACGGGAAGUACAUGGCGUGCUGCCUCAUGUACAGAGGUGAUGUGGUCCCCAAGGACGUGAAUGCAGCUGUCGCCACCAUCAAGACCAAGCGCACCAUCCAGUUUGUGGACUGGUGCCCGACCGGGUUCAAGUGCGGAAUCAACUACCAGCCCCCGACUGUGGUUCCUGGAGGUGACCUUGCUAAGGUGCAGAGGGCCGUGUGCAUGAUCUCCAACUCGACCAGUGUUGCCGAGGUGUUCUCCAGGAUUGAUCACAAGUUUGAUCUCAUGUAUGCCAAGAGAGCCUUUGUGCACUGGUACGUCGGUGAGGGUAUGGAGGAAGGAGAGUUCUCGGAGGCCCGUGAGGACCUUGCUGCUCUUGAGAAGGAUUAUGAGGAGGUUGGUGCUGAAUCUGCCGAAGGUGAGGAUGGCGAUGAGGGAGAUGAGUACUGAAAAUGAUGUGAUCCUGUGGCCUAUGAAGUAUCGGACUGUCUGCUGUUAUGUGGUUUGUUGAUCUUUCCUUAACUGCUGUUGUUUCCCGGACAACUACUGUGAAGGAUUUAUGUUAAAGUGUUUGGUUUUGAAUCUCUUAUGUGCUUUGUUUCAACUAUAA